UGCUUCCAAAAUCACCCUUCUAUCUUGAUGGGGCAGGAGGACUAUUUGAAUACAUUAAGAAAAGGCUAAAAGAGAACGGGCAUAUGGUUAUAGUAAUAGCUGAAGGGGCAGGACAGGAGCUUCUUCCUGAAAGUAUACUUUCCAUGAAUAAACAGGAUGCUUGGAAACAAGUUACUCCAAGAUGUUUGUCUGUGGUUAUCUCAGAAGAUGAAGGAUCACUUUGCAAGUCAGAAAAAGAUGACGAUAAAUCUAAAAUACAUAGGUGUGUUCAAGUUCAGAGUUCAACAGGGAUUCACUCUUCCUUUCCUGAUGCAUUCCUCGCCACUAAAUUUUUUAUCUUAAAUGGAUUCUGUUACUUCUGUAUCUGCACCAUUCUCUGCUGUUACUUCUGUAUCUGCACCAUUUUCUGCUGUUACAACCUUUACAGGGAAUCAGAAUAUAUCGAGCUCGCUCGGCUUCUCUAUGAGCGUCAUCGAGAUGGUUGCUUUUCGUACUCAAAUUAUCAUGUAUUUAUUGGACUAAUCCCUGAUCACCAGAGCUUUGUAAUUUGUCAGAGGACUUAUCACGCUAGUGUUUAG